GAGAGAGAGAGAGCGAGAGAGAGAGGAGAGUGGGUAAGGGAUCUCUCUCUUAAUAAUUUUUAUCCCGUCGUCUGCGGGGAAGGAAAUCCAAAGGGACCAAAUCUACUCUACUCUUUUUCUUUUCAUUUGUAUUUUUGUUUUUGCUUUUCUUUGAAUUAUUUUUUGUUUUUGUUUUGUGAUUUGCGUGUUUGGACUGGAAUGGGAAAAGACCUUGCUCCUAGUGUAUGUCAUUUUCCGUGAUAUACUCUCCCUCCAGGGUGUAACAUAAACCAAUCCCAAAUCCUUCAACCUUUCUGGAAUUCCUCUUUUCUUUCUUGAAUUUUUGCCCAUUCCAUCUCUCUCUCUCUCUCUCUCUCUCUAUAGCAUGUGUCUUUGAAGAAGAUAUAGGGGAGUCUUCUUUCUCUAUCUUCAUCCUUCUUUAAGUUUUCUUUCCGCUUUAGUCUUUAAAGCUUUGCAUACCAACCAAGCUGUUUCUUUCGUAACUUUCUAUACUUGAGAAGCCAAGUUUUCUGUCUCACAAAUCUCCAAAGAAAUCGAAAAGCUCAAGAACCACUUACAAACAUAGUUGUAGUCUUUUCUUUUCUUUUUUUUUUUCUUUCUUUUACCUUCUUUUUAAAAUUAUUUAUUUUUAUUUUAUAUGUUGGAGUCAAUUAAGAUCAGAGAAAAGCCACACCAUUUGUUAACAGAAUCCAAUAAAAAUGCCCUUGGAAGGGAUUUUUAUUGAACCCUCUUCAAACCCACAUCAAGUUCCUGAUCUCUCUCUCCACCUUAGUCCCCCCAACAGCACUACAUCAAUUUGCAGUAUUGAAGAAUUAGACACAACAAAGUUCAACCUCUCGAUCCGCCACGAAACCCUCAAGUCCAACACCGCCAGCUCUUUCAGAACCGACACCUACCAAGCUUGCACGGAGCUCUCUCUAGCCCACCCGGCAAAUACCCUCAAAGACGGUGGUCCAUGCCCUAGAAAUUUCACUGGUGGAGCCCAAGUACAACCACAAACCCCUUAUCAUCAUCAUCAUCAAAGCCACUAUAUCCACCAAUACCCUAGUAGUGCUAGUGCUAGUACUAGUACCCAGUUAAAUCACAUAAACCAUGGUGUUUCUUUGCUCAAUGUAUCAUCGGAUGGCUUGGAGCCGAUCAAGGGUAUUCCUGUGUAUCACAACCGUAAAUUCCCCUUCUUGCCAUCGGACAAUGCUAGAGAUCCCAAAAUGUCCUUGUAUCCAAUGUCUUCACCUUACUUGGUCAAUAGUUUGGAUCCCACCAUGUCCAUCUUGAACUCGAGGCCUAACACGUCUUUGUCGCCUCACCGGAUAACCGGUGCCAUGAGGAUUAAUGGGUUGUCGUCGUCGUACCCACUGCAGCAUCAUCGACACCAUAAUCAGUAUGGAAAUGGAUGUGGAGUUGGGGCUUCUGCUCAUGAGAUGAUGAGAUCGACAAGGUUCAUUCCCAAGCUCCCAACCAAGAGGAGCAUGAGGGCGCCGAGGAUGCGUUGGACGAGCACUCUUCAUGCCCGAUUUGUACAUGCGGUGGAGCUUCUUGGCGGCCAUGAAAGGGCUACUCCAAAGUCAGUUCUUGAGCUCAUGGAUGUCAAAGAUCUCACACUAGCUCAUGUCAAGAGCCAUUUACAGAUGUAUCGAACUAUUAAAACCACUACUACUGACAAGCCUGCAGCUUCCUCAGGGCAAUCGGAUGGGUCUGGUGAAGAAGAAAUGUCUACAAUGGGCAAUGCAAGUGACCGAAGUCAGUUCAUUGACCAAAGAAGCGGUCUUUCUGACGGCUCUUUCCCACAAGAAACAGACUUUCCUUCUACUCUCCGGACUAGUUCUUCAAGCAACGGAGAGGCUUGGUUGCAAACUAGCUCCAACGACAACAAUGGGCUUAGACCAUUAACCUUGCCAUCAAGACAAAGAUCUGGGCACAACAUAGAGGUAUUGACUUAAAGUCACCACACUGUUCGGCAUGUUUAUAUUGAAUGGAUUUUACGUUUACAUACUGAAAUUUAUAGAAACAUAAGCUCCUUCCUAAGGAAACUUUGUUUUCCUUUCAA